AUGUUGGCCGUGUAUUUGGAGAGCCGUGUGUCCAGCAGCAGUAUAAGGCGAAUCAGAACGUGCAUCCCUUCAGCAAUCUCUUCAAGAAGGCAUUUCCAGCACUUGUAUGCCAUCCUAAGGAAGUGUCAGGUCAAGGUCAUAUCUUUUUGCCAAAAGAAGGAAUAUGGAUCUACUCGAAGUAUUGUCCGUAGACUUGGGACAAUUCUCUCCUUAGAGCCCUCCCCAAGACCUUACUUUCAACUUGUGCAGGACUUGGGUUAUGAUGAACAGAGCAUAGCUCCAGCUCCUGCAGCUCCAUCACUUGCUGAUGUCCUGUGGGUGGCAAAUGAUGAGGGAGAAGCAUCUACUAGACUUAAGACUGAAUUCUGGAGAAAAGAAAAAAGUGCACCUUACUGUGGCCUUAAUCCACCCCUAGAUUCAAUACAAACCAUUCCAAAAAGCAGUGCAGAAAGUGACAGUCUUGUUGGUCAAGCAGCACUGCAGAAAAUUUCGGCGCUUGAAGAGGAGCUGACCUUCCUUCGUGCUCAGAUUGCUGCUGUUGUCUCAGCCCAGACACUGGGAAGCAUUCCACCACAAGCCUUUAAAGCAUUCAGCACUCUGGAUGGAUUUUACCCAGUGCCAGCCAUGACUUCUACACCAUUGCCCAUCUCUCACAAUCACUUUGUAAUUCCUUCUCCUCCUCCACUUUCCUCUGGUGCACUCUCUGGUGUUGACACUUGUAACUCGGCAAUUGAACUUAUAAAGCAACGACGUGCUGCAAGAAGCAGUGGUUCCACUGCAGCUGAUGGUGUGGAUCACCAGAAGACAAAGAGUGUUCCUAGUAUGAUGGAUGUUUUGAAAGACCUCAACAAAGUUCAGUUGCGAGCUGUUGAGAGGUCACCUGGAGGUACUCCUCUUUCUAGACCCAAAAAGAGGCAAAGUUCAGAUUGGGAUCCAGUUGCUCUACUAACACAUGCACUAAAGCAGAAGUUUGCACAUAGAAAUAAUUACGAAGAUGAUUCCCUGGACAAAGAAAAUAGAUCUUUUGACACCUCCUCAUUUUCUAGUCCAGAGAUGCCACUGGUUGGUCGUUGCAGUUGGAAGCCGAAUGCAAAAUCUAGCCUUACAAAAACUGAAGAAGUUAAACCAGUAUCAGUGUGGAAAGUGGAAGCUCAUUUUUAG